AUGAUCAUAAGGAUAGCUUCGACAGCAAAUGUCCCCGGGGCAGAGGUUAUUUCCGAUCUACAGAGGACCUAUGUGAUCCACCCAGAGAGGAGAUAUGUGCUCCACUUUACCAACGGGGAUGUCACGCUCAGGGCCUUCAAGGAGCUCUUCCUGCUCAACAAAGAAGUCCUGUUUUAUGUAGCAAACUUCGAGUUUUUUCUUUGCAAGAUGAGCCUGUUCAAGCAUUGCAGAUUCGAGUUUGUGAGAUACCCAGACGAUACAAGAGACGAAAGGGUCGAGAACUAUAGAAACAUUGAGAAGAGGCUGGGAGGAAAGUACAUCAGCAGGGGUGUAGAGCUUUCGUUCGCACCGGAUGUGUUUGCUUCCAUAAGAUCUUCCUUGCUCAAUCCCGAGCUGUAUCUGUCCAAAGGCAGUUUGAGCACAGUGAUAUACAAGGAGCUUACCCGGAGGCUUGGGUAUGAGGACUUGAAAAGACUAGCCAAAGAUGCUGUGGGGACCUCAAAGGAAGAGGAGGCUUUUGAUGAGGACUUCGACAAACAUCUAAAAAGUCUAGUAUUUACGGGAUUGGUAAAGAUGAAAGAUGGGCUAUUUCACCGAUGGAGCUGUUGA